UAGGAUGACCCUUUGAGUCAAUGCUACUUCCAGAAUGGGACCUCCGUGCGCGAUCCUAGCCCGAUCCUCCUCUUCUGACACGGACACAUCUUGAUUCCGUGGAUCGCUCGUCGCGUCGACGCGUCAAUGGUGUCACUGACGAUGUCAUCAACUUCAAGCCGCUCUGCUAUAUAAACUUUUCCUCGACUCGGACUGGGUCUUUCAAUCGCAAACGAUUCCCCCAUCGUUCGGUCACUUUGUCGAGUCAAUCAUAACAUAUAAUCCCCAAUCGUGAAGUCAACAUGGGAAAUAAUCUCUCUCUUGGUCAGGCUCGUGCGAUAAACACCGCGUCGUUCGCCGUCAACUUUGCGACGCAGGUGUAUGGGAUGGUCACUGAGCCGGACAUGAAGCAGGUCGCUGAUGCUAAUCACUUCGCCUUUUCGCCUAACCCCUAUUUCAUAGCCGGCGUCUUUUCACUUCAGUCAUUGGGGCAAGCCUUAUGGUUGAGAGAUCUAUGGAAAAUGCCUCCUCCGACCGUAGACGAGGAUGCAGAGUUAGCAGAGGUUAGGGAAGCGUCACUUGCGUACUCGCCCAUUUUUGCGCUCGGGAACCUUUGCAUCGCGGGAUGGCUAGCAUUCUGGCUCAAAUCCUCUUUUGGUGCCUCCCAAGCCCUCGUCACCAUCAACAGCUUCUCCCAAAUUUACGCAAUCUACGCUAUCCCUCACUUCCGCGGCCUUCCGCUCACUUCCUCUUCCUCCAACGCCAACACCAAGUCGUACGUGACCCGCACAUCGUGGCUGUUGCAUUUCGUUGCGAAGACAUUCGCGGGAGUCGGAGUUUUAGAUUUCGUGGAUAACGGUGGCGUAUGGAUGAGGAGCUCGAACCCGAGUGGGCUCGUCAGGGCGUUGACGGGUGUUGGUUUUACUGCUCUCGGCCUCACUUCUGACCCCAUCUUCGGCGCCACGCUCAUAUAUGAUCUCAUUGCGCUCUAUGUCGGCCAAUCUGGCGAGUGGAGGACUCAGCUUGGAUGGAUCGCGGGAGCGACAACCGUUGCUGUGGGUAUCAAAUCUGUCUCGUUGUUGGCGGGUUCUGGGAGGAGCCCAUCAGUCACCGGUGGGAAGCGAGGAUCGAAAUAUGGAGGACCGAAGUGAGGUAGGUAGACUGCACAGAAGGUGUAAAGGACAGUCGUGAAGUAGACUGCAUUAUAUGAUAUUUCUGUGAAGUUCCCCAUCUUGAUGUAUAACAGUGUCUGAAUU